CGCUCGACCAAUCAAAAGGCGUCGUCGAUGUAAACUUCAAUGGCGGAUGAUUGAAACACAAACAAUCUUUGCUUCUAUUUUUGAGUUAAAUACUUGAAAUAAUGACGUCUGUUGAAAUUGAUGACAAUCUAAGAGAACAGAGUAAACACCUGCUCCGCAAGCUGAAAGAGAAACAGACAAGAUUGCAGAGUUUUGUUAGCACAUCAACCUCUGAGGAUCCCUCUUUAACUGCGGCCAAAGGUCAAGGUCAGGCUCCAGUAUCCAGUAUGACCUCAUUAAAACAAACCAAAGAGGAGAGAAGAAGAAAGUCUCCUGUACGAAGAUUUGGAGACCUGCAGGAUAAGAAUAUCAGAAGUAAUUUGAAUGAAACCAUGGAUACCAGUUUACAGAAGUCAGUUACACACACUCCUAGCAGAGAAGUUAGAGCAAGACUUCAUAGAAGAAGAACACAAUCAAGAGAAGAAAUGGACCAGGCUGACUUGAAACGUGGCAGAGAUGCUUACAAAGAAAAUUUUGUAGAAACAUCUCCGAAAAAAACAUUUCAUAGUAAAGAUAUUGAACUGCGAAGUCAAGACUAUUUGAGUAGGGACACUAACACUGAGUUAUCUAACUUGAGAAGAGAAAUUGAGGAAGAACAUAUGGAUGAUUUAAAAGAAAAUGUUCAAGUAGAUGCAGAAUCAGUUCCAAAAGGUUCUGAAACGCCGAAUACUGUCCGCCGGAGGCGAAUUAUUGAUAAAAAUGUCAAGGUCAAUGGAACUGCUGAUUUAAAUGCUAGCGAAUUAUUGAAAGAAUGUGAAGACGAAUAUCCACGACUGAAUUACAGUUAUUCCAAUGUGGAAGACAGUGAUCUCAAGUUCCUGCAGGAAAGGCUUGGCACAAACACAGAUUCGGGAGUUUCUGAUGGGGAGAUUCCAGUUAGAGAUACUGAUCCAGAUUCUGGGGAUGGAAAUUAUUCAAAGAAUCUUGGUAACCCUGGGAACAGUAGGAAAAUUGCCAAAUUUAUAAGAGAAACCAAAAAACCAAAAUCUAUAUUGCUGUCAACCAGCAACAGACGAAACAAGUCAGGUACCAAUAAUUCUAGCAAAGUCAGUUUCCGAAGUCCAACCCGCGAUGCUUCAGGAAACCUGACAUUUCAGAUGGACUCAAUCUCCCGACAACAGCAAAAAAUGUUGGGAUAUGAUUGGAUAGCAGCACUGAUUGAGAAUGACUCCAAUGCUGUCAAUCAGUCAGAGACAUUUUUCGAAGAUCUGAAAGAGUUUAGACGUUUAAAUCUUGAGGAGUGUGUCAACUCAAUGUAUAUGAACAGUCCACAAGAGAUGUGGGAACACCCAGAGAGGGAACCAUUGCCUGUACAGAAGGCACUUGAGGAGACAAGAUUAAAAGAUAAUCCAGUCUCAGAGGUGAAGCCAUACAUUGUAAAUGAUAGGUUGUUUCCCGAGCCGAUAAAGAAAAGCCUGUUUGCUGAUUAUGACUACCAGGAGCCGGAUACCAGUCAUGUAAAAGAAAAAGAGCCAACUUAUGAGGAACCUAGAUUUGUCAGAGUGAGUAUUCCCAGAUCAACAUUAAUGCCUCCACACAGAGUGAAGCCUCACCGAAGGAACAGUUUGGAUGGUACAGAUUCAAUGGCUCUCUCACAGCAUUGUUUGAAGGGUUGGAACACGACUCAACCUGCUAUGGUACCAGCAUCCUCUAACAUAGCACUGAGGGACUCUACAACUGGCAUCAGGUCUUCCAUGAAAACUACAUUGGAUGAAGCUGAGAAACUUGCUGCCAACUAUCCUUAUCAUUGGGACCCGGCUGAGCAGUCCAUCUGUAAACCCAUGCCAAAACCCACAUACCGUCCGGAGGCUUCCUAUACUGACAGUAUCUGGCCUAGCGCACACACUAAUACAUCAGCAUUUAGCCAGUCUUCUCAAGGGUUGAAACAGGCCACUGACGAUUUACUGAACUCUACAUAUUCUCUUAUGUAUGAAAUGAAAAGACUUAAAAUGGAAAGAAGUGAUGACCCUAUUAGAUUGUAGUUUUCAUGCUUAGAUUUUAUCAAAUUUUAUAGACUUAAAAGAAAUUUCAUAUACCAAUUUUGUUUUGCUAGUACAAAAGUUAUGGGGUUUUUUUUAUACAGAACUUUCUUUUCAUUUAGUUUGUCUUCAAACAUGUUUUCAAUAUUGCCAAGGGAAAGAUAUCCAAUGCUGCCACGGAAAAAAGGAAAAUUUUGCAGAAUAAACAUACAUGUAUA